AUGAAACCCGUUCCGAGAAUAUUGCUUUCAUGUCCACUGUUUAUUAUCAUAUUUAAGCUUGAGAAACUAACAAACGUUACAAGGUAUCGAAUACCAAAAUUUUUGGGACCUCUUAAAUUUAAAAACUAUCCACUAGUUACAAUGCCAAACAGAGGUUGUUAUAAAAGGAAGACUAUUGAUGAACCUAAGCCAAAGGACGAAAAGCCUGCUGAAAAGGAACACGAUAAGGAGGUUAAAAAGUCCAAGGGUAAGACGAAUAGUCAGCAAAAACGAAGAGACAAAUCGCAGAAGCCUGCAGUGACCACCCCGUUACCCCUACAAGUAAAUAAAACGAGUGAACCACCACUACCUAGGCAUCUUGCAACCAAACAGACUCCAUAA